GUACGCUGUGUCCCUGGGACACAGCGGAUCACGAUCAACAGAAAGAGCCAAAGAUGUCAGCUUGGUCAUGUGAUCAGCUGUGUCCAAUCACAGCUGAUCGCAUGGGACAUGUACGCUGAUCAUCAGGGCACCGAUGAUCAGUGCCCUGAUGAUCAGUGUAGCCCCAGCAUUGCCAGCUGUCAUUGCUCAUUAAUGCCACCUGCCAGUGCUCAUCAGUGCCUCAUCAAUGCCACAUAUCAGUGCCUACCAGUGCACAUCAAUGCCACAUAUCAGUGCCCAUCUGAGCUACCUUUCAGUGUCACCUAUCAGUGCCAGUCAGUGCCACCUAUCAGUGCUGCCAAUCAGUGCCACCUAUUAGUGCCAGUCAGUGCCGCCUAUCAGUGCCAGUCAGUG